UCUAUUAAACCAUUUUGAGAUUUCGACGGUCAAGUUUCAGAUCCUUUGAGAGAUCAUCGGAAAGUGAUGACGGUCGCGGCGGGGAUAGGGUACGCGCUUCUUGCUCUGGGACCCUCUCUUUCACUCUUCGUCUCCGUCAUCUCCAGAAAGCCCUUCCUCAUCCUCACUCUUCUCUCCAGUACGUUGGUGUGGCUUGUGAGCCUGAUCGUCUUGUCUGGACUGUGGAGGCCGUUCCUCCCUCUGAAAGCCAAUGUGGUGUGGCCUUAUGCUUUGCUUGUUCUCUCCUCUGUUUGCUUCCAGGAAGCUCUUCGCUUUCUUUUCUGGAAGCUUUACAUGAGGCUUGAAGAUGUCUUGGAUUCCUUUGCGGAUCGGAUCUCUAGGCCCCGCUUGUUUCUCACUGAUAAGCUUCAGAUUGCUCUAGCUGGGGGUUUAGGUCAUGGUGUGGCUCAUGCUGUCUUCUUUUGUUUGAGUCUCUUAACUCCCGCAUUUGGUCCAGCCACGUUCUACGUCGACAGAUGUUCGAAAGUCCCAUUCUUUCUCAUCUCUGCAAUCAUUGCUCUUGCAUUUGUCACGAUCCACACAUUCUCGAUGGUCAUUGCUUUCGAAGGGUAUGCAAAAGGAAACAGAGUAGAUCAAGUUAUAGUUCCAGUCAUACACCUUUCUGCUGGAAUGUUGACAUUGGUGAAUUUUGCAUCGGAAGGCUGUAUGAUUGGCGUUCCUCUUCUUUACCUUGUGGCAUCACUGACUCUUCUGCAUUGUGGAAAGAUGGUUUGGCAAAGGCUUAUCGAAAGCCGGAACCAAAGUGGCUCGACCUUACGGUGAUCUAGCCUCAGGCUCAGUCUUUUAGGCUUUAUCCUCUUUAACUGCGUCAAAACUUAAAUGUUAUGUUCUUUUUUCUUUCUUAACGCAACUAUGAUCCUGUAUUAUCGAAACUUUGACAAAAUUUGAUCUACUUUUUAUAAACUUAUAUUUAACACAAUAUUAAAAUAA